CUCACUCAGAGUCACCUGCUGAACCGAGGCUACGAGGUGGCAGCCGUGCCAGUAAGCGUCAAGCAGCGGGCGAGGGAGGAGGUGCUGUCGUGCCCGCUGGCCAGUCUUCCCCACGCUUAACCCUCAACACUGGGACCAAAACCCGGGGCUGCUUUGCCUGUACAUCUUGCCCUGCGGCUGCUGACGGGUGUGGAGGCCUGUGUGGGGCACGAGGCAGUGACGGCAGUUAAGAGGGGUGACAGGAAGCCAGUAAAGUGAGGGCCAGGGCGCCGCGGGAGUCAUCUCUGCUUGUGGCCUCCCUAGGGUCAAAACUCCCUUCCCUCCCUCCCGUCCCGGCGUGAAAUAAAGGGCUGCAUUGUAUUCCUGCGGUGUCCAGUGAAGAUAAAACGCAAGGGACAUAUUAACAACUGAUAGUGUUAUUCUCUCUCUCUCUCUCUCUCUCUCUCUCUCUCUCUCUCUCUCUCUCUCUCUCUCUCUCUCUCUCUCUCUCUCUCGAAGACAACUUUAAUAAGGAGUUCAUCGUAAGGACUACUGAAGAAGGAGAAGUUGAAUCUACUGAAGCAUCAUGGGAGCCUUGCUAAGUGUGGUGUGGGGAUGGCUCGCUCCCGGCACACAGGUGGGAGCCGUCACGCUGCCUGAGGAGGGAAGCUUGGGCCCUGAGGCUGACGUGCCGGACAAGACCACGGGCCUCACUCUGCGCCACCGCACCGCCAUCUACCGCACCUGGGACCUCGUCAGACCUGAUGUGAAAAUGCACGGCGUUAACUUCUUCCUUGCCAUGUUUGAAGCAGAGCCAGUGCUGCAGACCAGAUUCAAAGGUUUCGCUGGCAAGACAAAGGAUGAACUUAAGAGUAACAAGCGACUGGCAGCACACGGAACAACUGUGUUCAUGGCCAUCACAUCUUUAGUGGACAACUUAGAGGACAUUUCAGUGCUGGUGGAGCUACUCAAGAGCACAGCAGAUAAUCACAGACAGCGAGGCGUCCCUAAGGAGGACUUUGAGCUGCUGGCGCCAAUACUGGUCAAGUUCCUGAGGGACACGCUGGGGUCGGCCUGGAGCCCAGUGGCAGAGGAGGCCUGGACUCAGGCUAUGAAGGUCAUCAAUUCAGUCAUCUUUAGCGGUUACGAGGCAUGAUGUUCCUCCCGCCUUUCCUUCCCUUCCCUUCUCCCUGCUCCCUGCUCCUCUCUCUCCUUCCAGCCUUUGUACUCUCCCUCCUUCUCCUCUGUGCACCACACACUUCAUGCCUAGUUCUUCAUUGCCACACUUCACUCACUUUAUGUUAGUCUAUCUUUCUCCUAAACACUUACAUUACUUCACCAUAUGUACAUACACUCAACCACACACUUGAUGUACACGCUACCACACACAUACACAUGUAUACACAUGCACACAUGCAUACACACAUUCCCUUCUCACCUUCACUAUAUUAACCAUGACACUCAUGAAAUGCUAUAUAUUUUAAGUUAAUAAAAAAAUAUAGAGAAAUUUAUACAAUUUCAUAGAUAUAAUUUAUAGCAAAUUAUAAUGACUAAUAUUUGUAAAACCAGGAAGAGUAAUCUUCCUUCCACCACAAAUGCUUCAGGCAAAAGUUUUAAGCUCAAUAGUUUUUUUUUUUUUUUCUUUUUCCCCAUUAUUUAUCAUGUACUGUACACUGUAGAUAUAAACAUGAUACGAGGUAUUCCCUGAAGCUGCGUGGGAUAGGAGGAACUUUUCAAACUGUCCUAAACACUAACAAUUCUUUCCACAUGCAAGUGUUUAUAAAAAAUGUGAUACCUCUUUGUGCUCUGGAGACAAAAUCAAACACAUUAUAUUCCAUAGGUGCAUCUUUCACUCACCACAAAUUUCCGUAUACAAAAACAUUAUACAAGGUUCUUAUCUGCUCUUAUGGAGACGCACUCUUAUGUCCUUUGUACCGAGGCAUGUUCUAGUGAGCACUGGUAUCUGUCUGUCUGUCUGCGUGUGUCCCUUUGUGAACUCCAUAGAAGGGGGUGGUCACAGUACAAGUGUAUUUAUUCUUGCUUUUACCUUCCUUUCUCGUACUCUAAUUAUCUUAUCCUUUCUCUACAAACUUCACCAUUCUAUCUUCCAUUUAUAUUCUUGUUCUUACAUUUCCUUUCUGCAUACUCUAAUUCGCUUUGUCUCCUCUCAUUCCUCUUUCAUAUAUCUCAACUUCCUGUCCUUACAUUUCUGUUUUGCAUAUUUUAAUCCUCUCUUUCUCUUCUCAUCUUUUUCUCUCUCAUACUCCACUAUUGUGUUCUUCAUUUAUAUUCCUGUUCCAGCAUCUAAUUUUUGCUUACUCUAAUCCUUUUUUUAUCCCCAACUCCUUUCAUAUACUUCAGUGUUUUAUAACUUCUAUCCUUCUAUAUCACUGGAUGUCAGCCACUCCAUCUGUCACACCAAUGCACACACUCCUGGUCAUCUCUUUUCAAACCAUUCUUUAUACAUGGCCAAGGCAGCUUACAGUGUUGUUUGAGCCCUAUGCUUCACCUAACAUGCCUAAUAUGCGAAACUUGUGGUAAUGUUCUUUUCAUUUUGUAUAGUGAUGUAACACUGAUGUUCAUAUAAGAGGGCAAUGUGUCAAACCCUUCCUCUCUCAAUGAACAUUACAUACAGUCCCCUUCACUUCCACAUUCAUUAGUUAGUGUUGCCAAUGUGUGAAUCAUCUGCUGCAAACUACCUACUUCGAUCCAUAUCUGAAACAAAUCCCAGCCCAUCUCUCCAUCACCCUCCCUCCACCACCAUCUCUCCAUCACUCUCCUGCUUACAUGUACAGGCUGUGUGUCUCGAAUCAGGCGGGGUAGUUCACAGUAAGCAAUUCACACACUGGUGAUGUUAAGUCAUAAACAUGGCAGUGUAGGAGUGGAGGGCACUGUACCACUCUGGAAGAGCUGCUGGACUCUCUGUUUGUUUUCCGCAGUCCAUUGUAGAGUUUUAAUGUUAGGAAACACAUGUACCUUCCUUAAUGAAAGUACUGCACCUUGCUUUGAGGCAGGAUGAGGUAUUACUGGUGUGUGUGUGUGUGUGUGUGUGUGUGUGCGUGCAUAGAAACAUGGCAAACACCUCACUAGAUAUUUUGCAGUUUAUUUAUGAUUCAGUUAUAUAAGUAGUGAUUAACCAAACACGUAAAUCUGAUGAGAGAACAUUUCUGUGCUUGUUCUGUUUGUUCUUGGAGUGAAAAAAGAAAAGAAAAACAAUGUUCUUGAUUAAAUAGUUUGUACAAAUGGUGUUCUUGAAGGAAACAUUUAAUAUUUGUCACCUGCAGCCUUUGUAACUGUAGCAGUGCACGCUGAAAGGAGCCACUUCAUCCACACAAGGCAGCAGAAACUCAAGGAAUGGAAUUUUUUUUCUAUAAUUGCACCAGAAUGAGAUGGCUGCCUCCUUGUGUGUGUGUGUGUGUGUGUGUGUGUGUGUGUGUGUGUGUGUGUGUGUGUGUGUGUGUGUGUGUGUGUAAAGACUGUAUUGCAUUUUCUUUUUCUUUUCUGUGAUACAAUUAUGUAAUGACUGGGUGCACAGACUAACAAAAUUAUCUUUGGGCCUCAAGAUUGCUAUGGUCCUGAGGUCUAGAGGUGCUGUGCUCUGUCCUCCCAGUCAAGGGCUUGGUCGAGAUGAGAACUUCUUGUGGUGAAUCUACCCAGUCUUUUUGAUCAGUUAGUGUGAGGUGCUCAAGGGAGACAUGGCACAGGUGGUCACUAUAUGUAGUCUUCUCCCUCACAGCAAGGGUAGCUUCAGUGGAAAAGAUGAAGUCUUGAAAUUUGAGAAGAUAUGCCUAUUCACUUAAAAUGCUAAACAUACAGAUGAGUGAAUGAAAUAAAUUAUAUAGUACCUAUUAAUGAGCAUCUACUAACUACAUCUACUAAUUAAUGCCUGUGACUAUCAUCACUAUCUUUGGCCCUUUUUCUUACAUAAAGGACAGUUUCAGUGAAAAAGUUGAAGCCAAAGAACUCCUGAAAUUUGGAAAAGUGUAUUCACUUCAAUAGACUUUAAAUGUCAAAAUGAGUGAAUGAAGUAAAUGAUAUACUUUGAUAACUACUGACCUGUCUCAUCUACAUGAAUCUAAACAGUGUAUACCUAAAGUCUAUACAGGUUCAAAAUACAUACUAGCUUAUGUAUUUAGUGUGAGGAGGCAGUGUUGACUGUAUGGGUUUGUGAAUGGGUUUGUGAGUGUAAGGGAGGAAAAGGAAGUGAAGCAAAUAUUAUCCUCAGAGUUGUAACAGAGGCAGCACACAGGCACCACACAUUAUAUUAACCUCAUCACCUGAGCAGCCUUCCACUAAACUCAAAACCAAAAUGAGACAAGUCUCCCCAUUCAUGUAUAUGUCAAUUUUUCUUAUAAUUUUGGGUGAAUUUCUGUGAGUAGUGAAUGUGGCACAAUAUGUAUUGAUCCAAUAUACAGUGUUCAAACAA